AUGUUGUAUUACAUUCUUUUGAUUGUAAACCACUUGAAAUUAGCCUGGAACUUCUUGCUUAACAAUUCCUUGUUCCCUAAUAUUUACGACAAGCAGGAUGAUCAUCAGCCAGGCCGUGCUGAUCAACAACUUGGCAUAGUCAGAUACAAGUCGAAGCUGCAGCAAAAACAGUGUUACUUUGACGAUGCCGACGGCGAAGAAGAAGAAGGUUGUGCCGUGUGCCUACGGAAAAUUGAAGAAGAUGAUGAGAUGAGAGAGUUGAAAUGUAAUCACCUUUUUCACAAGGUUUGCUUGGAUAGAUGGCUUGGUUACAGCCAUUCUAUAACUUGUCCCAUUUGCCGCACUUUCUUGACUCCUCCUAAACCAAUUGUCGGUACUGCUGAAGUUCUAACGUUUAACUACUACACUUUCACCUCCAACCACCGCCAAAACUGGUGGCUGCGCUAG